AGAGUGCCAGGCGCGCUCGAGACGUCUCAACGUCCUGUGGGUCGUGUGCGUACGGAGGGAGGCAACGUAAGGGCGCUCGGCGAGCCCGUCUCUCCUCGAAUGAAAGGAAACAACCCCUGGCGACAGAGCCCCGCUCUUCGGCAGUGCCGGAGAACCGACUCCCGCCUUCCCCGUCUCCCCUCGUGGGCGCUGUCCUCCUUUCGCCCAGCCGUGAGCCCCACUGCAUUUCUUGAGGCUUAAAGUGGCAGUCUCUAAACACUAAAAAUCAUGUCAAGCUCAAUUGAACAGAAAAAAGGGUCUACGAGACAGCGUAAAUGUGGCUUUUGUAAGUCAAAUAGAGACAAGGAAUGUGGACAGUUACUGAUAUCUGAAAACCAGAAGGUGGCAGCACACCACAAAUGCAUGCUGUUUUCGUCUGCUUUGGUGUCCUCACAUUCUGAUAAUGAGAGCCUUGGUGGAUUUUCUAUUGAAGAUGUUCAAAAGGAAAUUAAAAGAGGCACAAAACUGAUGUGUUCUCUUUGUCAUUGUCCUGGAGCAACCAUUGGCUGUGAUGUGAAAACCUGCCACAGGACAUACCACUACCACUGUGCAUUGCAUGAUAAAGCUCAGAUCCGAGAGAAACCUUCGCAAGGGAUUUACAUGGUUUAUUGUCGAAAACACAAGAAAACUGCACAUAACUCGGAAGGUGAUUUAGAAGAAAGUUUUAAUGAGCAUGAACUGGAGCCCUCAUCUCCAAAGACUAAGAAGAAAAGUCGCAAAGGAAGACCAAGAAAAACUAACCUUAAAGGGCUGCCGGAAGACAGCAGAUCCACAUCGUCCCAUGGAACAGAUGAGAUGGAAAGCAGUUCCUACCGAGAUAGGUCUCCACACAGGAGCAGUCCUAAUGAUACCAGGCCUAAAUGUGGAUUUUGCCAUGUAGGGGAGGAAGAAAAUGAAGCAAGAGGGAAAUUGCAUAUAUUUAAUGCCAAGAAGGCAGCCGCACAUUACAAGUGCAUGUUGUUUUCUUCUGGCACUGUUCAGCUCACAACAACAUCAAGAGCAGAAUUUGGAGAUUUCGAUAUUAAAACUGUACUUCAGGAGAUUAAGCGAGGAAAAAGGAUGAAAUGUACACUUUGCAGUCAGCCUGGUGCUACUAUUGGAUGUGAAAUAAAAGCCUGUGUUAAAACCUACCAUUACCACUGUGGUGUACAAGACAAGGCAAAAUACAUUGAAAAUAUGUCACGAGGAAUUUACAAACUCUAUUGUAAAAACCAUAGUGGAAAUGAUGAGCGAGAUGAAGAAGAUGAGGAGCGAGAGAGUAAAAGCCGUGGAAGAGUAGCGAUUGAUCAGCAGCUAACCCAGCAACAGCUUAAUGGAAACUAGGUUCGUGGGACAGAGAGAGUUAGAAAACUGAGAAAAAACAACUAUAACUCCUGUGCUUCUUUUCCACUUUUUUCUAAAAUAAAGGGUUUGUAACUUUUUACUGCCCGACUCUUAGAUCCUUCAUUGAACUGCCUAAAUCACCUUGUUAGUUUGUUUUCUGAGCCUUCAGUAGAUGGCCGACUUUGACAUAUUGAUAUUACGUAGCUGUAGUUUGCAGUUUCUGGGAAGCAGUCAAAACACUAUUAGCCCUGUGUAUACUGUCAGCAGUUAAAACAGACAUUGAAUGAAGUAAACUGUAUUUCUGGACUGAACAAAGUUCUACUGUUUAGAGUAUGUAAGUUUGUGUAGUAGAUCCACGCUCAAAGGAAACCAGAAGCAAGUUGUACUCCACCUUGCAAACAUGCCUCUGGUAGCAACACCUGGCAAUUUGGGGACUUUUCCUUGUUUUCAUACUCAAGCAAUGGAAACGACCAAUGAAGAGACUCUUCUUUUUGUCUUGGCUUUGACAGCACAUGCUCUAACCAUUUCUGUCGCGAAGCGUGCUGAAGCCUACCUGUGGUCCUUUUUAGAGUUAUUCUCACUGAGCGGCAUGGACUCUGGGCAACUGGUGAUGAUAAGCUCUGAGCUCCAGUGCUUCUGCCAAAACUCUUGACAGUACACCUUUCUGUGCUGUACAGAGAGCUUCUGGCAAAAUAAUGGAAUCGUAUCAAGAUCAAAAUAAUGUUUGGCAACAUCAGAUUAAACCUCUUUGAAAUUCAAGAGGUCAGCAAUGCGCUAAAGGACUUUGGACAUCAUGUCUGAAACCAGCUUCUCUCAAGUGCCCUGUUGUGUGGAACACUUCACAUAUUGGCCCAGCAUAUAUAAGGAGGUCUUAUAUGCUAACAUUUUUUUUAAAGGAACCAUCUUUGUGCAAAACAGUAUUUCUUUUUGACUCUGUGACCACUAUUUUAGAAACAUUAUUUAAUGCUUUCAGUCAUCAGUUUGCUUACAGAUUGAAUAAGCUUUUGUGCCCUGUUUUUCUUCGAGGGCUCGGAAGUAUUUUCUCAAUCACCAGAUUUUUAGAAAGGCUUUCUUUCCACUGGCGUUUCUCGCUUGUGACACACAUCCACUUACCUGCUGAAGCACAUUUACAUAUUUCUUUAUGGCAAAACCAAAAAAGUUAGUUGCGGUCUGCCUAAUGUUACCAUAGCACCUCAGUAUGAAAGGUAAGGAUUCUGAGUUCCACAUCAUUAGUUAACCUACCAUAAUGAAUCAGAUUUGCAAAUAAGAAAUAACGUACUAACUUGACUGUACAUUCAUCUAUUCUGUAGCUGGUAGAACAGCGUUUUGAAAUGUAACAGGUGGAAAAUUACACUGUGCUUAUUGACUGAAUUUUUAAACUGCUUGUCCCUUAAGAUCAUGUUUGUUAAGGUGUGUAUUUACACAUUUACUUAAAUCAAGGGACUCAAUGCUUGCUUUCUUUUAACCAUCUUUUAUUGUUAUUUUAGAAGGAAACUAGCUUUAGUAGUGGAUUGCCUUGUGCGUCUUCUCCUUUCACUCUUAAUAUGCCAUGAUGUGUAUGGGAUUAGUUUGCAAGGUUCAUCAUGACUUGAAGUGCAAGGACAGAUCUCAGUUUGUUUACCAAGCGAUGCGACUUUUCCCAAAGGAUCUGUACUUUAUUUCCUUAUAACAGCUUGAAAACCAUUCUUUUUUAAAUCUUUAAAUCACUGUGUCUAGGUAAUUUUUCCAUUGUGUGCCAUAGAACUUACCCAUGGAGAAAUGGAGCCCCUUCAUUUUUGGACAACUACUGUAAUGAUUUUUUUUUAAGAAAAAUGGAAGGUGCCAGGGGUAAUUAUGGCCAGUCAAUUAUUAUAUAAAGGACUUCAAAUGCUAUAGCCGUCAGUUGAUGGAUUUGAUAUGUAGUACAUGUAUGAUUUUGUAUGGGUUUCUUCAGCCCUUUCUCUGCCACUAGCAACCAGAAAAGCACUUUACCUUUUGGUUGGUUAGAUAGGUGGCUAACUACCUGUUUUUCUCACUGUGCUGUGAUUGGCUAGAUAACCUUCAUUUAAAGUUGAAAUGUAAACUGAAGUCACAUUAAACAUUCACGUUUGGCUGUAAA